AAUUUCUAGUAACUUUAAUUUUAAUCUGCUAGCACUUCGCAUUAUUUAAAAUCUUUAGAUAUACACCAAAAUUGUCUACAACAAAAUAACCAAAAAUCUAAAUCCAAAUCCUAAAACUAAGUCUUAAAUCUUAUUUUUCCUUAUAGCUGCGCUGUUUAUAUACUUACAUACUGCCGUUAUUCCAAGAAUAACUGAGUAAUUUUCCAAUAAUAACUCGACCCACCUUAUUUGGAAAGAAGCUCGUAACAUCGCCAUGGUAAUCCGCCCGAGCUAUGAGUCAUGACCUUUUUCCAGGAAUUCUAAUAAUAACAUUGUAGUCAUACAGUCUGCGUUAAUAUGGAUACAGACUAUUGGUUACCAUGGAAACAAUGACUUUUUAACCUAUUUCCAAACUCAAUUACUAAUGCUAUUAUCUUAUCAACAAUUGUUAGGUAGAUCUCAUUUACAGGCCAUAACUCUGCAACAGCUGAUAGCUAUGAUAACGUCCAGAGGUGUUCGGAGGUAAAGCUUACGUCACACGAUGCUUAUGCUGGAUAUGAGGAAAAGAAAAGGGAAACUAACGAAGGCAUGGGUGCUCCAAUUUUUAGCUCACUUGGUUCUCUGGUUACCUACAUACCGUUGUGGCAUACUUUUCAAAAGAGGGCGGCAGUCGUGUAUAAUUUCAUGCGUGGUUUAUCGGUUCAAAGUCAAACCGAAAAAGAAGCCAAAGCAAGUAACGUUAACCUAAAAUCUGGACAAAGACCCGGAUUAAAUAAAAGCGCAAGUAACGUUAACCUCAAAUCUGGACAAAGACCCGGAUUAAAUAAAAGCGCAAGUAACGUUAACCUCAAAUCUGGACAAAGACCCGGAUUAAAUAAAAGCGCAGUUAAGGAUAACUUUAGAUCUAAACAAAGACCCGGGUUAAAAGAAAGCCCUAAAGACCGGAAUAAAGACAUAUUUGAGAAAGUCCCUACGUCACCGAAGAAGUUGUAUGCUGUGGAUGCCGGCCUGGCCUUCAAUUCUCCCUACCCACUACUGCUACGACCUCAGCGAGGAGUGGACCUUGUUCUGUCAUUCGAAUAUAGUUCACGCGAUCAGGAUGAAACAUCGCUUUUUUCGGAGCUGUUGUUAGCCAAGGAGUGGGCAAAGCUUAAUAAAUUCCCAUUCCCUGAUAUCGACCCUGACAUUACUGACCGUGAGGGACUCAAGGAAUGCUAUGUGUUCGAAAAUCCCGACGAUCCGAAAUGCCCGAUCGUCAUGCAUUUCGUUAUCCUUAAUGCUGAAUUUCGAGAGUAUAAAGCACCAGGCGUGCCAAGGAGAACUAAAGAAGAAAAGGAUUACGGUAACUUUGAUAUCUUCGACGAUCCAAACGGCUCAUAUUCUACAUCGAACUUCAAAUACACAAACCAAGCGUUUGACCGUCUGGCUGACCUGAUGGAAUUCAACACAUUACUAUGGAAAGAGGAGAUCAUUGAAAAUAUAAAAAAGUGUGUUAAGAAGCGAGCAAAUUAGUACAGAGGAAAAGAUGUAAAAAUGGCACAUAUCACUGAGAAGUCAUAUACUGAGCAAACAGCUACCCCAGUUCCCACCAUUUAGAUGUUUUUGUUUUGUUUCCUUAAAAGUUUUAAAAGGGGUAUUUGUUCAAAAUUAAGUGUACGCACAGACAAGCAUAUUGCUAUCUAAACAAAAUCAAACUAUGCCAUCAUACAAAUUUACUCAUUUUACUACUUCAGAUGUCUAGAAUUUACAAAAUAGCGAAAAUCGAUAUGAAGGAAGAAAAUGACAACAAUAAUAAAAUAACGUCUAGGAAAGGAGCAUUUACUAUUUAUGUAAUGUUUAACAAUUUUCUUCUAAAAAUUACAAAUUGUCACCAUAGUACUUUAAGUGUUCUCAAAGAAAAACAUCUAAAAAAUACAUUGAAGCGCUUAACAGACAUUCCUGCAAAUAUUAGUGAGAUUAUUUGACUGACAUGUUCAUCUGAAUACUUUAAAGUUAUACUGAUGGAACUUACACUUAAUACAGUUAGGACUAUGUAGAAGUAUUCUCUGGACGUCAGUAACAUACACUGUUGGACAGAUAUAAAAUACGCAUUUGAAGUGUAAUUGCUAAUAAAAUCAUUGGAAAUUUGUCGCUCCAUAGGAAAUGUUGUUUAUAUGAAAUUUAUUUUCUUCAGAUGUUUACAAAGGUUCUGAAUAGUCAUAACCGAGCGGCUAAGAGAAAAAUCAUAACGUGUUAUAAAAUGCUAUUUUACCUGUAAGGAAUAGAUGGAACAGCUUGUAUGAUACUUCAUCGAUAAAACGUACGAAAAUUAAUAAAUAACGGCAAAUCAUCAUAGAAAGCAUAAAAGUUAUACGAAUGCAAUUCGAAGGAUCUUUUUUGGAUUAAAGUUACUGAGUGCUAUUUUAUACUAAGUUUUUGUUUGAGUUUUGCGUUUUUAGACGUUAAUUUUCGUUUUAUAUAGACUUGCAGCUUUAAUUUCAUAGACGUGUUUUUUUCUUCCAUACCAGACGGGGAUUUCCGGUAUGUGCUCGAAGAUGACUCCCGUGCUGUAAAUGACGCAUACGAACUACAUAUAUGUAGAAGAUUUAUGUAGUAAUCUAUAUUUUAUUUCAAAAACGGAAUAAAUAUCCAAUGCCAUGACAGUUCCUCUUUGUUCCUGAUAGUAUAUUUCUCGAUUCAACAAAAGUUAUUUUAUCAAAAAUUCAUAACGUUACGCUGCAACUGAUUAAACAAAACCGGAACUAAACAUUGUUAUUUUGCCUUUGAAACGUCAUGACGUCUUUCCUGUUUACGGACGUUGGUUUCUCACGCUUUGUUUAAAUACGCUACUGUGAGCAAUAGUUCUAAAAAGAAAGUCGUUCGAUUGAUUUUAUCAUUAUUAUUAUUUCUUGAAUAUGGUAUGCAAGAAAAAGAUUCAAUCUCUGGUUGUAGGUGCAGAUGAAUAUAUCCGGCUCUCGGGUAACUCGGCUGGAGUUCGUUACCACGUAAACAGUUACCCUCGAGGCCGGAAUUUCCCAUCUGCGACUAUAACCAGUGAAAGAAUCUUAUAAUCUUUUCAUUGUAGUUUAUGAAUACAGUCGGUAUGCAGAUAUGCACGCUCACGUGUACCUAUUUCCAUGUUCUCAGUCGGUAUGCACAUAAGCACGCUCACGUGUACCCAUUUCUAUGUGCUCAAUCAGUUUGCGCAUAUACACGGAUUGCACAAUGUUGAGUGUUGUAAGGGUGACUGCAUACUUUAAUUGUACAUAGUAUUCCCUAUUGUACGUUUGCCCCUAUUUUGUUGUUUUAUUUUUGUUCAUGUUUAUAUAUAUAUAUAUAUAUAUAUAUAUAUAUAUAUAUAUAUAUAUAUAUAUAUAUAUAUAUAUAUAUAUAUAUAUAUAUAUAUAUAUAUAUAUAUAUAUAUUUGAUAAACAUGUUAUUCAUAGGAAUAGAUACUUUAUAUUAUAUACAUAUAUUGAUCUAAAUUAUUUUGUUGUUUGUUUCAUGUGGGUCUGGGACGUUAAUUUGUGUAUGAACAUAAUUGGAACCAUUGUCUUACCCUUAAUUGACAUACAUAACUGUCAUUUUGAUUUACUUGUUUUUAAGUUUCCUAUAUAUACUAAUAAAGGUUUGUAAACGU